UGCGAGAUUCAGUUUCGAUUCGCGUUUCGGAUAAUAAUAUUAUAACAUCCUAUAACGAUAAUAAUAAUAAUAUAUUGUAUAGGUCAGUAAAAAAUAUUUUAUAUUUAUUGCUAUAUAUCCGCUAAUUCAUGUUAAAUAAGCGCUCGCACCUACACGAUAUUACGUGCAGAGGUGCAUGUUGUACAGGACUACUACAUCUGACGUCGACACACCGUGUCAUUUCAAAAUAUAUUACAGUUGUCGGACAAUCGCGAUCGAAUUUCAGUUUCAACAUUAAAUGCGUCUCGUUUACACAGAAACACUUUGCAGGGAUAUUCGUCGGUUAUCGAAUAACACAACUAAACUGCAUUAUUGAAAUAAUUACAAUUGUAAAUGCAUAUCCCCCGAGCGGUAGGCAUUGCAACUUGCGAGUCAGCGAAGAAGAAUCAUUGACAGAAAAAGAAUAAUUAAUGAAAACGUAUUGCAGUGGCAGCAACAACAAAAUCAUUGAGUAUUACGUUAAAUUAUAUAUUUAUAUGUAUCUACAGAGGUAAUUUUAUAGAUUUUACUCGCCUUAAUUGUUGACUGUUGUACAUCAUCUAGUAUCAUAAUUACUAACCAAACAGCCAUGUAACAAAAAUUCAAAAUUCGCAUUGACAUUAAUUGGGAACCUUACGUCCAUCAAAAACUCAUUUAAGCCCCAAUAUAAAUAAUUGAAAUCCAAGUUUCCUGAGAUUGUCCUCGUCGUUAAUGAUUACGAUAAUAAUAUGACGUUACUAUACACUUGUUAUUAAAUGUAUAUCUACUGUAGAAGAAGUUAUAAUAUAGUAGUACCUAUAACUGAAGUAGUGUUUAGUAUUAUGUUUGUGUAUAGUAUUAUUAGUGAUUGUAUUAGCUGUAGUUUUUAUAGAAUCCUGUUCGUCGAUGCGAUACCAACUCUGACUCGUUUGAAUAAUUGUUUUAAUUACUAUAAAACCUAGCUCAUAUAAUAAUAAUAUACGACGUAUGGUGUUGUCACACGCUCGCUAACGUUCGUCAGCUGCAACAGCCGCUCGUAAUAAAAAAUAUGAUAUGAUGUAUUAUUAUUAUAACUCUCGAGACACACGCAGAGCGGUCACAUAUUAUACUGCGUAACACUAUAAUGCGACGAGCGCUUUUGAUUUGGUAGGAAAAAAUAUUUGAUUGGAGCGCAAGAAAGAAACUAAUUUUUUGCCUUCCUUAAAAGAUGCUCCUGCGACCACCGGAGAGAUUGUCUUUGUCACCGCCACACAUGUGUAUCACAAAUGUCAGCGGGAGAGCUGUACGGGUCUGUUUUUUUUUUUGAUCUUGUCUUUUAUUGUGAUGGCAUUUUUUUUAGACGAUUAAUCGUCAUUGCUCUCACUCACGCAAAGAAAAUACAUGAGAUAUGUUGAUGUUCUCGGUUCAUGUUAUAUUGUUUGUGUAUUUGUAUGGUGAUUUCUUUAAGGAUGCUCGCUUCAUGGUUCUAUAAUAAUAUACCUAUUUAUUCUCCGAAUUCCGAUUUUUUGAAUUUUUUAGGACACUUUAAAUAUCUUAUUUUCAACACUAUUGUCUAUUUAAGAUUUGACCUAAUAUGAUUAUAAAACUACAUAUCACUAAACAAAAGCAAAUAUUUUUUGAAAUGUCAAUGUAUUAAAUUAAAACGAAUUCCUGAUUAUUUUACUGUAUAUGUUAAGGUACAAAAGAUAAUAUUGAAUAUUUAAGUUUAAUAUUAUAAAAAAGUGUAAUUCAAAAAUGUCCACGAAAAACUUCAUAAAGCAGCUGACGGAGCACUCCACUAUAAAAUUGGCAGAAGAUCCACCAAUCUAAGAUUAAAACCAUGGCUACCGCAGGAUAUUUUACUUGAAUCUAAAGAAGACACUUAGGAUUCAGAUUAAGACCUAGACUUAUAAGUCAACUAAAAUUAAUAACUAUUGUAAUUAUCGUAAAUAUUGUUGUAAACAUAAUUGUGAACAUAUUAAUCGUAAAUUGUAAUUAUCAUUAUAAAAAUACCUGGUGUAAUGACACAAUUAAAUAAAUAAAUAAAUAAAUACAUAAAAAAG